AUGGAGUCUGUCAAAGUAGUCAUUGUUGGUGGUGGUGCAGCAGGUCUUGCUGCUGCUAAAACUCUGAGUCCCGAUGUUAACUAUUUACUUAUUGAAGCACAAGAUUAUAUAGGUGGACGUAUUCGUACUGUUGAUGCAGCUCCUGAUGCCGUUGUUGAUUUGGGAGCUCAAUUUAUUCAUGGCAAAACAAAUAAUCGUGUUUAUGAAAUUUGUAAACAAUUAGAUUGUAUUAUGGCUCUUUCAAGCGUAAAUAACGAAGAAACAAUUGCUAUAAGAUCGGAUCGAACUAGGCUUAAUCCAGAAAUAGUGGACACAGUUCAAACUGUGUGGGAAGAAUUCGCUAAAGAAGCUCAAUCGAAAUUUGGUGAUGUAACAAUACCAACAGAUAAUUCAUUUUAUGAUUAUUUAAUUGAAAAUUUUAAACCACUUUUUUUAUCGGCAUUGCCUUCUUGUGAACAUUUACUUGAUGAAUUUAUUGAUUAUUUUGAUAAAGCUGAAUUAGUUGAAAAUGGCUGUUCAUCAUUAGCCACAUUAAGUUUAGCAGAAUAUGGUUCAUAUGAAUAUCUCGAAGGAUUAAUGGAAUAUGAAUUGAAAAAUGGUGGCUACCGUCCAUUUAUUUCCUAUUUGAAAUCGUUUAUACCAGAUGAUAAUCGAAUUCGUUUAAAUUCUGAAGUAGUUCGUGUAAAAUAUCUUAACGAUACACAUCAAUUGCAAGUCGAGACUCGAAAUCACAAUAUCAAAUCUGAACAUGAACAAGAAAUAAGUACAAUUUUAUGUGAUCAUAUCGUAUGGACAAGUUCAUUAGGUUAUUUAAAAGAAAAUUUUUCUUCAAUAUUUGCUGAUGAAAUCGAACUCAUUGAACAGAAACAAGAUGCAAUCAAUCGACUUGGUUUUGAUACAAUCAAUAAAACUGUGUUGAUCUAUGAGAAACGUUUUUGGCCAGAUGGCGUUGGUAAAAUUAUGUUAUUGGAUCGACAAAAACAAAAAUCAAUUGAAUUUUCCGAUUCAUUGAAAACAUUAAUCAAGAUCGAGCAUAUUGAUGAACGAGUCGUUAGUACAAUUAUUGAAGCAGUUCAUCGAUAUGAUGAAUUACGAUCAACUAAUGUUCCUAUAUUAAUCUGUUGGUUUGGUGGUUCGGCUGCUCUAUUAAUAGAAGAUAUUAACGAAAAUAUUAUUGGUCAAAUUUGUCAUGAAGUUUUGUGUCACUAUUUGAAUUUAUCUUCGAAAUCGAAUAAAUUAAAUCGUGUCCUUAAAAGUGAAUGGCAUAAGAAUAGAUUUAUUCGUGGGUCUUACUCAUAUUAUUCGAUUAAAUCAUCCGCAAAAGCAGGAGAACAAUUGCGAACUGCCUACGAACCGGAUGGGAUUCCACGAAUACUAUUUGCUGGUGAAGCAACUCAUGAAAAUGGCUAUUCAACUGUUCAUGGUGCACUCGAAAGUGGUAUUCGUGAAGGAAAUAGACUCUUAUCAAUACUGAAUGAAUAA